AAUGCCGUACCGGUACAAACCCAAAACCAUCACGCCGUCGCAUUCUCAAUCGGUUGUGGUUGAUGCCAAAACUUGCAUACCGCAUCGCAUCGCAUCGGACCGCCAAGCGAAAGCACUCUGUAGCGUCGUGCACACCAAUGACGUCCAACGCGGCAGAAACAGCCACCGCCAUGGAGACGGAAGAAGCAGCCAACAGCGAAAGCAAAAACGAAGACGAAUGCGGAGACGAAAGCCAGCCUCCCCCGCUGGUCGACGGCACGGAAGAGGAGCUGAAGGGCAGCGGCAGUGACGACGAUAAUGACGACGACGACGACAAAUCCACUUCCAGCACCGCCUCAGACGAUUCCAAAAAGGAAGACCCCGAAAUAGCCCUCGCCAAGGCCAUGGCCUUCAAGGAGGAGGGAAACAACUACUUCGUCAAGGAAAAGGAUUUCGAAAAGGCCAGCCGCAGCUACCGAAAGGGCGUCAACCGCAUCAAGCACCUGAACAAGGCCAAUUCCGGAGACGACCAGGUCAAGGCCCUGCUCCUGACCCUCCAGACCAACCUCUCCAUGAUGUGCUUCAAGCUGGGGAAGCACCGGCAGUCMCGGGACGUGGCGGGCAAGUGCCUGGAGAUCGACCCGCACCACGUCAAGGCCCGGUACCGGCGGGCCGUCGCCCACCGCAAGCUGGGCAGCAGCGAGGAGGCGGUGGCCGACCUCCGGGCGGCCCUGGCCACCGAYCCGGCGAACGCUUCCGUCCGCAAGGAGCUGGCGGCGAUCCAGAAGGAGCUCCAGCGGGCCAAGAAGGCCCAGAAGGACUCGCUCCGGAGGGCCUUUUCGAAGGGCGGCCUGCUCAACGACGACCGCGUCGAGGACGAGGCGGCAAAGGCCGAGCGCCUCGCCAAGGAGGCCAKGGAGAAGGAAGCCGCCCUCAAGAAACGAAAACAAAAGUGGGAAGACGACUGCGUGGCACGCAUGGCCAGGGGAGAGGACGCGAUCGGCUACGAGGACUGGGACAAGGAACAAACCGAGAAGGAAAAGGCGGCGGAAGAGGAGGCCACCCGGAAGCGAAAGGAGGACGAGAAGCGACGAAAGGAAGAGCGACGAAAGGCCAAGGCCGCCAGGAAGGCCGCGCAGGCGGACAGCGACGACGACGAGGACGACACGUUUACGGAAAAGGAGCUGGCCGAAAUGAGGGGGUACAAGAAGACGGCCGACGGCCGGAUCACCUCGUACUUUUCGAGGGAGCAAUCGGAGGAGGAAAAGGCCAUGCUGGACAUUGCCCCCAAGCCGAUCAGCGASUGCACGCCGCAGCCCAUCACCCCGUCGUCCUCCGCGGGCGAGGGCGGUGGGGCCGCCAGGGGGAGCUCCUGGAACCACGCGGGAACCUGGUGCGUGGUGUUUUCGGAGGCGUGCGUGUGUGUGUGUGCGUGUGUGUUUGUUUGCGUGUUUGUUUGUGUGUCAAACCCCGUUCUUUUUGAAGCCCGCGCUUGGGAUUCCAAAAGGAGUGGUUGCGAAGACCCCGUCCGAAGCCUCGUGUUGGUCCUUUCGCGACAUCGUAUUGAUCUGCUGCCGUUGGCAUUCACUUUGCAAUGUGGUCGUUCCUAACAACUGCUUUUUUCGCUCUCGGAUUGCAUCCAAAACGAUACAACGGACCGCAUCCGUCCGUAUAGGGAAGAAAAGGAUACCACCGAGUGGUGCAAGACUCGCCUCRAAACACGCCUUUCCGAAACCAAGGUAGAAGCGUCCGGAUCCGAUGGGGACCACUUGUGCUGCUCCGUCACAAAAGUCAAGGACAUCACGGGAGAUGCAUCGGUCGCCGUGGUCAGUGGAAARAAACGAUACAUCUUUGAUUUUCACUGCAAGGUCGUCUUUGAGAUCAAAGAAGAGAGCACGGGCGACGUCAUUGCGAAGGCGACACUCAAUCUCCCCGACAUUUGCAGCACCCACCACGACGAACUCGAGGUAGAAAACGCGGGCUGGAAAAAGGCUCCCUCCAGCGAGAACCAGGAAGUGGCCAACGAUUGCCGAUCGCGCAUCGUCUCCGAAAUCCGGGAGAGCGUSAAGCUGUGGGUAAAAGAUUUCAACAACCACUAUUGAUGUUUUCCGAUCCARUGGUSUCGUUGGCUCUUUCAAAACAAAGACACACGAACAAACAAAAGGUUCUUUUGUMCCGUUGAACCACAUCGUAGCUAKGCAGUAUACACAAUAAAACAGGACAAUAAUU